AUGGAUGUUAUCACCGAAAUAUUGUCGGCACUGUCGGUGAAAUCUCUUCUGCCAUUCAGUUGCGUUAACAAAUCUUUUGAUGCUCUCAUCUCUGAUCCUUACUUCGUUCAAAAGCAUCUCAAGAAAUCGAAACGAAUCCCACGUGUCGCGGCAGUUGUAUGGAUUGAUAAUGAGAGUAGCGGCGUGGUCUCGCCAAAAAUAUCUGAUUUACUUGAUAGUUCAUAUCGUAAUAUUGUACGUGAUCGUUUACUGGCGGAACACCUUGAUUGGUCGCUUGUUGGUUCAUGCAAUGGGUUGCUUUGCUUGAAUGAUAGCGAUGAUAACUAUCUCUAUAUUUGGAACCCAGCCACAACAUCUGAAUAUCGUUUAUCCCAUCCGUGGUUGAGUUACAAUCAGUUCUCUUUUGGUUAUGAUACUUCAACCGAAACUUAUAAGGCGGUAUCCUUCGGUGUAAAUUAUAAGCAAGGUGAAAGUUUUCAACCUUUCCCUGUGAUUCCAGCUUACAAAUCUAAUGGUGUGCAUUUGAAUGGUAUUAUUAACUGGUUGGCUCUUCGUGAUUACUCUAAUUCAGGAUAUUUUGAUUUGGAUCAUAGGUUUAUUACUGACGAGGACUAUGUGAUUAUUUCACUUGAUCUCUCCACAGACACAUACAUACACUCAGCUGUUACAAGCCAAUUGAACUUGUGGUUUUGAGGGAAAGUCUUUGUUUUUGUCAUGAUUUUGAGAAAACCCAUCUUAUGAUAUGGCAAAUGAAGGAGUCUUGGAUUCAAUUAUUUAAAAUUGGAUUUGGUGCCAUUGUAUCUUUCUGCUAGUUGUCUAUAACUGCACAGGCGAUAGAGUAGUGAGAAUUGGAGGAAGUAAGGGUAUGAUGUGGUCCGAGGCCCAGUAUUACGUUGAAAGUUUGGUGCAGCUUUAUUAAAAAUUCAGUGUUUAGAAUUGAUGGGUGGUGCGCGAAUGGGCAAAAACAACUACAACAACCGGUAUUCAUCUUCAAGCUCUAUGUACAAUGAUGAUGUGAGAGAGCUUCAAUGUUGGUGUCCUAGAAUUUGUGUUGUAAGAAGAGCAAACACUGUCAAUAACCCAGGAAGGCUUUUCUAUGCUUGCCCUCUGCAUAAGGUUUGUUUAACAAUGGUUAUUUGAUGUAUGAAUGUUUUGUUUAAAUUAUACUGAUUUUGUCUUUUGAUGAUUGUAUAGGAUGAUUGUGAAAACUGUAAUUUUUU